AUGAUACAAUAUAUCUUAUCCUUUUUAGGAUUUGCUUUAGUUUUAAAUCAAUUUCGAAAACUUUAUUUUCGCUUAUUACCUUUUUUUACAACCCCAACUGAUAUUUAAAAACUAUACGGAAAUGAAAAAAAGGAUGCUUGGGCACUUAUAACAGGUUCAAGCGAAGGAAUAGGAAAAGAAUGGGCUAUAUAAUUAAGUUAAAAAGGUUUUAACAUAAUCUUAAUUUCUCGCUCUUAUGAUAAAUUAGAAAGCGUAAGUAAAUGCCUAAAUCCUUUAGUUAAAUUUAAAAUAAUUACACAAGACUUUACUAAAUCAAACGAAGACAAUUUUUUCGAAAAUCUUCUAAAAUAAUUAUCAGACUUUGAGAUUUCUAUAAUUGUAAACAAUGUAGGAGUAAUAGAUAUAUAAGAAUAUACAGAUAUUCCUGAAAAUUUAAUAAGAAGCCAUAUAACAGUAAUAAAAUAAAAAAAAUAUGAUAUAAUUAAAAAAAAAAGAAAAGCCUAAAUAAUAUCUAUGAGUUCAUACGCUUAGGAAUAUCCAAAUCCUUAUUAUAAUAUAUAUUCUUCUUCCAAAGCAUUUAUACAAUAUCUUUUUACAAGUUUAAAACAUUCUAAACAUAAUAAUCAUGUAUAAUUUACUACCUUUAGACCUUUUUAUAUAAAAACUGCAAUGGUAAAUUACAAAAGUCUUCCUUUUACAAUUACACCAUAAUUUUUCAUAAAAAGUUGCAUUAAUGUUUUAGGUAAAACUUCUGAUUCAAACGGAACUCUUAUUCAUGAAAUUUUCUCUUAUAUCUCUUCUCUUUUGCCAGAUUUUAUUAAAGAUAUUAUAUUUCCACUUGUUUCUAAAUAAGCUAUGUAUUAAUUAGAAUUUAAAAAGAGAUGA